CCAAACAACAAACAUGGCGGCGCUCGAGUCGUGAAAUGUGGAGGUUGCUGUUGAAACCAGAAGUGAAGCCGUUAAAAUGGAAUUAGAAUCUGGCGAUGAUGUCGCCGUAGGUACGGACGACUUGCCUGUGAAACGGGAUCCGGUCGUCUCGCUCUUGUCCCCGGUGAUAGGGACACAACCGCUUGUUUGGUCGCAGGACCACCGGCUCGCAGUCUGUACGUCCACCUCCUUGGCAAUGAUGGAACUAGUGUGUGACGUCCAAAGCAGCAAACAAGAGCUGAUACUGCACAGGUCGUCCAUUCCCGUGCCCAGUGAUAGUCACGAAUUACAGGUGGGACCAGCACAAGAGCAGGCUAAAGCAAUCGAGCGCAUUUCCUCACACCCGGACCCCACUUUAAGGCAGGCUUUUCUGCUGGACAGAGUGAUAGAUCCCUUGGGACUAGCAUCCAAAGGAGUUAAAAAUGCUAGUUGGUCUCCAUUCGGUUGUGAUUCUAGUGGACGCUGUUUGCUCGCGUGCCUAACUCUCGACAAUAGACUAACCAUCCAUCAUAGCCACAAGCGUCUCACGUGGAACUUGCUAGUGGAUCUCACCAAGAAAUAUGGUGACAUGCUGCAGGAGCGAGGCUACGCCAAAAAAGACGACAAGCCACCUCAGAAAAACCUCCGGGAUUUUGAGGAGCUGCAGCGACGUUUCCAGAUGCAGACUCCCUUGAGGAUGAAGUGGUCGAGCAUUUACACUGUGAAACAGGUGCAGGCCGACAACAUGUGCGUUGACGUGGAGAUGGUCCUCCUUGCCGUCUUGAUGGAAAACGGCGACCUUGUUUUGUGGAAGUUUGUUUUGCCAUUUGAGAACGGAGCAGAUGUUGUCUUUUAUGAUGUCAUCGAGUCCGAGGUGAGCAGGCCCAGUGAUUUGGCAUGGUGGGAGUAUGAAAACGCGGGUAGACGCAUGAGCGGAUUGAUCGUCGGCAGCGAGCUGGGCACCCUUCAAAUCAUGCCAGUCAGCAUGGUGGGGGUCAAGGGCUACUUCACGCUGCGCCACCCUGUCAUCCUCUGGAAGGAAUGUGACCAGAUUGCUGUUGAAAACAUUAUGUGUGUGUCACUGGUCCACCCGAUUCAGAAGGUGAGCUGCAGCCUCAUUGUGGCAUCUCGCGGAUGCUACAUCUACUGGUGUUUGCUCAUGAUUUCCCCAACUGGACUGAACGUGUACAACUCACACGUGGUGGGCCUCCACUCACUUCCAGUUGUCUCGCUUGCAGUCACCAAGCGUGGGGUUGUGUACACAUGCUCCAUGGAUGGGUGGAUAAAAAAGCUGACACCAAAAUUCACAGAAAAAACUUUGAUUUUUAAUCAAGAGAACAUGCUGGGCCCGGAAUUUUUAGCCGAGAGGCGGCUGCAUGCGAUUGCGCUGAGCUGCAACGGAGCAUAUAUUGCGCUGGCCAGCACACAAGGUCUGGUCGACAUGUUUCACCCAAUUCACCGGACUUACCAAGUGCACUUUAUUGCCUUGAAAUCUCCAGAAACUGCAGCAGGACUUCUCCUAAAAUCCUGCAUGCAGAACCUGUACAAGCAAGCCGACCUAUUGGAUCUUGUAAGGUGGAACAUCUUAAAAAACAAAAGCAUUCCAGAGGCGUUGCAGCAAGAGCUAGAUCAGAAGAUCCAGGAAGUGGACUCUGCCUACUUGUGGCGCUUUAAGCUGUUUUUGUUUCGGAUACUGUACCAGUCACUUCAGACACCACCGACAGAUCACUACUGGAAACCUUCUCACGAGGCCAGCAAGACGCUCCUCAAAGAGGAAGAGGAUGGAGAAGAGGCGGAAGAUUUGGAAAAAGAGUACAGUGAGGCUGGUGCCUUUAAUGGGAUGAAGCAGGAAACUCCAGAAGAGAAGAUGGAGCAGGUGAAGGCGUGUAUCAAUUCAGUGGAGGCCCACCUGGUUCGAGAGAACAUGAAGAAGGUGCUCGGUGUGGUGUACCUCAACACGCGGAUCACAGAGAACACAUGCAUUCCCACUCUGGGCAUGGCUGAGCAUCUCUCAAAAGAUACCAGUGACAAGGACGCCAAGGUCCUGAUUGGUCACAUAAAGAAGAAGAUGCACAAGCAGACGUUCAGCGAACACUGCAGCUUAUGUCAGGAUGUGCUGCCCUUCACUGAUCACAAACAAGCUGUGUGUGAAAAUGGUCACAUGUGGUUCAGGUGUGUGCUGUCUUACCAGGCGUGCCAGGCGCUGACAUUCAGACGCUGCCUGUUGCAGGACAGCAUCUCUGGACUCCCAGCACCUGACGAUCCACAGUGGAUAAAGAAGAUACUCCAGGCUCCAUGCUUGCUCUGCGACUCGCCAAUGAUCUAGAGCGAAACCAGCGCGGGCACACAGGAAAUCCCUGCAACGUCCACCGUUUCCUUCUGAAUUCAAGGGUCCAAUUGCUGCUAUUAUGUUCAUUUUUAUGUCUGCAAAUAAAAUGAUGCUUGUAUUUCCUCACUGGUGCAAACGCCUGCUGAGGUUUUGAUUCCAUAUUUUAAUGAGGUGAAACAUUCUGCGCUCAAACUUGACAGAUUUCUUAUGUUUAUUUUCAAACCUUCCAAAAGAAUGAAGUUGAAAAUGUGGUUAUAUAUGGAAGCUUUUGAGGGCACCAUAAAUAAGCUGCCUCAUUUUUUGAAAUAAUUUGCCUGAAUUUCCAAACGUUUGGUGUAGUUUUUAUUGCAAGUAAGUGGAACUUACUUACUGCUAGACCUAUUUUAGUCAUUUUAUACUUUCUUCCUUUUUUGAGCGAAACAAAUAAUACAUUCUGAAUAAAACAUACUCUCAGGAAGAAAAAAAAAACUCGGCGUACCUACUUUAAUUGGCAGCGUAAAACAAUUUCCAAGCUCUGGGAGGAGGAGGAGGGCGGUGGUGCUCAGUCAUUCUCUCAGAUGAGGACUUCCGUUAAUGUAAACGCAGAAUAGAAGAAACGGCACAUGAGAUGAGCAAGAGGCAGGAAGAAAGUGAAAAGUGUGCUUAAAAACCUGCCGUGCUCCCUCCCACGGGAGCAGGCUGUAAUGAGAUUCAGCAGUAAUGAGGGACAGAACAUGGUGCCAGAUGUGAUUCUAAUUCUAAUCAAGGAGGGGAGGGGGAGCAUAUUGUUAAAUACAACUUACUGCUUUUUUCCUAUUUAGAAGGAACAAGGGCUGUGGGGAGCCGAUAUAGGCUCUGUGGCAUGUUCUCCCUCCCUCCGCCUUGUUUCCUUAUGAAGCUGAAGAGGUCGGUGUCCUGUCAUCAAAGACGAAGGUGGGUCGCCAGCACCGCCU